GCAGAAGCUACAAUUGCAUCAGAAUCUUUAGCAAACGUUGACGUCGUCGGAGUUGAAGAUGCUGCUAUUUCUUCAGCAUCUUCAACAACAACGACAUCUUCAUCCGCAUCAUCAGCAUCUUCAUCAAAUGCUGAUGAUAUUGAAAUGGAAGCUGCUGCCGCCGUUGACGCCGAUGGCGGCGGCAGUCCAAUGAAAAAACCAACAAAAUUCGGAAAGCGAAUUCAGUUACCAAUUCCAAUUAAACAAAUUGUUUCACUCGAUCAAUUGAGGCAGCGUUUUGCCGAUACGGCAAUGCCACCGAAAGAAAUUGAAGUGAUUGUCAAUAGUCCUGAUUCGAAGAGGAAAACUAUUAAAAAACUCAAACAUAGUCCAAAUGAGUUUUAUACAUUUUGCACAUGCCAACAAUGUUUGGAAUAUCGAGAAGUUAUAUUGCAAUUGAUGGAUGAUCAAAUGAAGACGCGCAGUACGUGGGAAAUAUUGCAGGCAACGUUGAGGAAGGCUUAUCAGCCGAUACUUAAAAAUACUUUAUCACAAAAGAAAUAUGAAGAACUUUUGGAAAGAGAUAAAUCUCCUUGGCGGACAACUGGAGACAUGAAUCACGCCAAGGCUCAGCAUUUGAAUUUUAUUUGUGAUUUGUCGUUGACGGAGAAUAUGGUUUCAGUACUUUUGAGUGCGCUUCUUCUGGUGGAUGAUCCUCAUCAACUUUUUGAAUUAAUGAAUUUCCAAAUUGAAUGCGUUGUCAAAGCUUAUUGGGAAGGUUUUGCUGAAAUAGCAAAAAUUCAAGACAAAAAGAUACCAGCCGAAGAUAUGCUCUCCUAUGUCCUUGAUGGUUACGAAGAACUCUGUUCGGUUUCGGAAAGCAUAUCAAGGUUUCUCUUUGCCUUUGAAAAUCAUCAUCUUAACAAGUUUUGUUUAACAUGGACAAUGUUAAAUAAACGAAUGUAUCAACAGUAUGUUUAUUUAAAUGUAACUGAUACUAUGUUGGCAUGUAUUAUAACACUUAAAGAAGAUGAAUUAACAAAAAAGCGUUCAACCCUAAUCAAAAAGUACAUUCAAUUCGAUGAUGAAAUGAUUCAAAUCGAUCGAACUUGGAAAGAAACAUGGGUAGCUUUGAAUUUAUAUAAUUUAUCUGAUGAAGAACGAAAUCGUCGAAUACGUUUGAAAACAAUACACAAUUUAUUCGAUGUAAUUCGAAAUGAUGUCACAGGGACGUGCACUCAAUGUAUUGAUAUUUCCGAAUGGGCAACGAAUGAAAAUCGUCAGCUAGUUUGGCAAAGUAUGCUGGCAUUUGUUGCGAAAUCUAGCGUAGAGUCGUUUAGCGGUCAUAUAAACACACUGGUGUGCGAUGACAAAUGCAAAGAAUGUAAUGAAAUGCUAGAAUAUCAUAUUGGAUCUUGCAAGUGUGUUACAUGUGCAAUUGCUGGAGGACCUCUACCGCCAAAGAGAUCACCGAAUUCAACAUGCGUCAAGUGUCUUACCCUUUCGCGUGCAGAGAAGGAUGGAACACUAUACGAGUCGAAAAUUCUAAAUGUCUGUGCCAGCGACGAUCUGUUCGCAUACAAGACUAAAGAUAAACGACGAACGAAUAGCAUAGAAGAUUUAAGUGAUGCUUCAUCGCUUAAAGACGAAGUCUUCAACGAGCCUGACGAAUUGUACGAGUACCACUUGUCUUGGGCGGUUUUCAAGCAUCUAAGAGAUCGAAAACCGUUUCAUUAUUCAAAGAUAGAGGAGAAGUACUUUUGUGUCAAUUGUAAAUUACCCUCGUGUCUGCUGGCCAGAAAGAUAUUAAAUAAUGAACUUGCGCUAGCAUUAUCCUGGCAUCUAAUUGAUCAUUAUCAACCUCUUUUAAUGACACACGAAGAUCUUAAUAUUAUGCUUAAAAACAUUAUGGUUUAUAAUCAAAAAGUGGUCACAGCAAAAGUUGGUUUAGAUCCGAAAUUGGAUGACGAAGUAUUUAAAAUCUAUUGGUCUUUUGCUGUUUCGGUUAUUGCGUGCUAUUUUAUAGACUAUGAUGAUGAUAGUUAUUUAAAUUUAGAUUAUUUUGAGUUAGCAAAUAAUGAUAUACAAUUGCUGACGUCACGUAUUAAAGGUGCCGAACAAGAUGGGAAAUUUUUUCAGUUUCUUGAUAAAAUCUCUGUAUUGGCUUUAGCUGAAAUGGACUUGAAGGACAGAAACAAUAGAACUUUUGAUUCGUCAUCGGAAGCAUCAAGCGUGACGGACAGUCCAGAUAGAAUAAAACAUAACGUAGCACAAUACUUAAGAAGAGACAGUAGCAAAUUAGCCCAUAACACCGAAGAAGUUCGAACUCCUGAAUCAGAACCACCGGAACCUGUUACUCCAACUGAAUCGCUUCCUCCUAAAAAAUGUGGCAAAGAUAAAACGAAAAAAUGCUGCUUCGAUCAUGCUGACAUGUCUGACCAUUGCAAGGAGAAUCAUUCGAAUAAAAAACGCAUCAAAAAGGAAUGCAAUCAUGCCCGUAUGAAUGAAACUCGGGAUAGACUGCGCAAAAAACUUUCUCAAUUAGUAAAUGCACGUAAGAAUGUAAAAGCACCAAUUUUAAGGCCGCCACAUCAGCAGCCUCAUUGCUCAAAAACACUUACCCCACCCGAACUGGAGGAACCCAGUUUAGCUGACUCCAAAAUCGACGAAGACGACGAUAGCUUGGAGUGUCUCAGUACUUUAUGCAAGCGAAUUACCCACCAACCCCAUAAACAAAUACCACAACAAACUGUGACGAAAAAGGUGCCCCCUACACCUCAGGUUCAAUCACAAUUAGCAGAAGCUCAACAAUUAUCUGUUGAAUCACAAGCGGCACCACCGCCACCUCCACCACCGGCAGCAGUAGCUGCUGCUGCUGCUAAAAAACGAUCAAGUCCAUCAGCAUCGGGUAGACAACGUGCAAAUGAUAUUUUUGCUCUUCUUGAAAAUCUUCCCGAAGUUAGUGUCAAAAAGUGGGUCAAUGAGACACUCAGCUUCAUCGAAGGCUCGAAUGAAACUAAAGGUCCAGUCAAUGAGAAGAAAGCUGCCAAGAAGGCAAAACAAAAACAACGCCGUGAGGAAAUGAAACGCAUAGCCGAAUUGCAAGACCUCCGAGCUCAAUUCCAUAAUAUUUAUCUAAGAGAGUUUACAUCCAAGAAUGAACUGCGAUUCAUGAAAGCAUGCAAAAAGAAAGACAAAAAGAAAAUCUCAGAAUAUGAAGCAAAUGUGAAGAAACUAAACCGAGCAAAGGCAAAUGUGGAAACUAACAUUCUCGAGUUAAUAGCCACUGUUAAGCAGACAAAUUCUGAGUUUAAAUUUUCCUAUCUGCCAACCAAAGAGCAACAAAUCGAAAAACUCCAAAUGAUCGCUAAGGAAAUUAUAACUGCCAAUAAUUCACCCCAGCAGAAACCAUUGAAUGGUGCACAGCCCACAAGCAACUCCUCUAUUUCGGCAUCUGGAUCAUUGCCACCUGCAGCACCAUCAGCUGCUGCUACUGUUAUAUCACAGCAAGAGAAUAAUCUAAAUGGGGGUGCCUUCUACAGUAUUCCCUAUGCGAAUGCCAAUAACUUUCCGCCCUUUGUCAUGCCGAAUAUGGUUGCCUCACAAAAUGUUCAAAUGUGCUAUGCCCCUAAUCAGCCAACCGAUAUGUCAGAUCCCUCCAAGCGGAUCGUCACUAUACGUCGGGUCAAUUUGCCCAAUGUACCCGAACCUCAGGUUACGGUCACAGCCAAAGGUUCCUCACCCGACAAGGACAAGUUGUUGUACACUUUUGUCAAUGGACAAAUUGUUCAAACUAGUCAGCAACAGCCGCAAACAUCAUCGUCGUCGUCAGUACCCCGAAGGGCUCCAUCACCUCCAAUCACUCCGGUGUCGAAUGUUGAAAAAACAAAGACCCAACUUAAAAAGGAGAGAAAACGAGCGAAAAAACAAGCCGAACUAGAUGAAGAACAAGCUCGUCUAGCUCGUGAAGAAGAACUGAGACGUGAAGAGGAAUUGAAACGCGAAGAAGAGCUCAAACGGCAAGAGGAAGAAUUAAAACGGCUCGAAGAGGAAAUUAAAAAAUCCUCCGAGUCUUCAAAAAUGAAUUUGAAAAAAGCAAACAAAAAGAAACAAAAUAAAGUCGACAAAGUUGCAGCCAGCAAACCAAAGAAGACAACACCAGCUCCUUCAGUUACAACCAGCAGUAGCCAGGCAACUACUCGUGAGAAUUCUGUAUGCAGUCAAAAAGUUAAACCCAAGCCAAUUGUUCAACUUCGUGAAAAACCACCGGAAGUUGUCGAAGUCAAUUCUUCCGUCGAACGCAGGGACAAAGAAAAACGUCAAAAAUUCAUUGACAAUGGCCAAUUUGAUAACAAUCAAUUUAAAAUGUUGCAUUUAGAUGAUUUCGUAUCAUCUGAUUCAGCAGAUUCAGAUGCUGAAGUGGAGGAAGAAAUUGAAGUUAAAAAAGAAACAACACCAAUUCCUGUUCCAACACCACCAAAAGUUAAAACUACUUCUGAGCCAGUAACCACUGCCAAUGCAACUAACAUUCCAAAAAAAUCAACCAUUGAAUCAAAGGCAAAAUCUGUCAAGCAACAACAACAACAACCUGUUCCACAACAGAUUGUAUCAGUGGAAAAGCCAGCCAAGAAUCAAAAACAAGUUUCCUCCUCAUCCUCGUCCUCCAAUAACAACAAUAACACGAAUUCAAGACGAGGUGAGAAUAGGGAUAGAAAUAAUCGCAUGAAUAAGUCAAUUCCAGUAGCUUCCUCCUCCUCAGGGCAAGAACGCUCCUCCAAUAUUAACAACAACGAUAGGAAUCGUAACUCAAAGCCCAAUAAUGCUCCAUUAACAGUUACAUCAAAUCGAAGACUGUCCACUCAAUCACAACAAUAUUCGUCAGCUCCUCCCCAACCAUCAUCAACAUCAGCACAACAACAACAACAAAAACCAUCACAACGUGAACAAAUGCCGACUACAGAAAAGCCCAAACGAUCUCGAAAAUCGAAAAAUAAAUCUCAGCCUGGUAACAACAACUAUGCCUCCUCAUCUGCUGUACCACAACCCCCAACAUCAGUUGCUGGACAUAAUAACCAAGUUGGCUCAUCCAAAUCAAGACGAAAUCAAUCUGUGAUACAUUCUGCUGGGCCAAGUGCUGGUGGUAGAAUGAUGGAAUCAGGCAAUUCGCUCAAUCAAGCAAUGCAGAAUCUUCGUUUGACCUCGAAUAAUUAUCCACAAUUGCCGCCACAAGAACAGCAACAACAGCAGCAGCAGCAACACCAUGACAGGCAGCAGCAGCAUCAUUUGUUCUCACAGCAACAACUUGCCUCAAAUGUCAGUAUCAUGGACCAAUUGAAUCGUGGUGUUCAAGUGGAGAAUUUAUCUCUGCCGCCUGGUAUAACCCUUACCAAGGUUGAUCCGAGUAAGAGUGAGCAGCUACGUGCCAAAUCAGAGUCGAUAAAGAGACUUUCAAAGCCUUUAUCAUCUCAAGCUCCAGUUUCCAAUAUGCAUGCAUCACAGCCUACAAUUAUUACUCCGGGAUUCUUCCCGAAUAUAUCGAAUUUUGGAGCCUCUGAUCAAAGUGGGGUUAUUAUGGUUGAAGCAAUGGGAGCUAAGCAACAGAAGCCCCAUCAACAACAGCAUCAACAAGGUAUGCCUCUGAAUGAUGCAUCUAAAGUAUCCAAAAAUCGAAAACGUCGAAAUAAGAAAAAAUCAUCAGACACUUUUAAAGCAUCAGCCAGUGGACAACAGUCCAGAACUGAUGGUUCAUCAUCAUCAUCUUCUGCUCAACCAAAAAUGGUUACAUUACGUAAUCCUAUGUUUGGCAAUAUGAUGCCGCAGAGUAGUCCUUCAGUAAUGCCGAUUCCCAGCCGUGUACCAAUUGCUCCAUUGCCAAUGGAUCAACCGGCUUCCAUAAUCAAAAAUGAAAAUGGAAUGUUUACGAUUCGUAAUCCAGCUUUGCAAGCUGCCGUUGCUAAUGGCAUGCCAGUGGCAAAUUAUCGUCAGUUUACUGGAAACUACUAUACACCGCCACAGGAGAAUGUAGCUCCUGCACCUCCUGCAACCAGUAGUUUAGGUAAUCCGAACUUGGCAAGUUCUUUCUCGUAUUUUUCGAACAAUAACAAUAGUAACACUACUGGUGGAAGUGUUCGAUCAAGCAGUCAGCCAAUUCCUGACGAUCCAUUUGCCAUUCAAAGCAAUGGAUAUGGAUGUGAUCUCAACAAUGAUGGGUCAUUGAGAGGCAAUGCUAGUGGUGGUGGUGGUGGUGGUAAGUGUAUUUCGGCCAUUGGCAGUGAAAUAAAAACUGCCCAACAAUUGAAGCAGCGAUCAAAGGACUCACAGUGGCAAAAUUAUGCUGCUGCAGCUCAAGAUAGUGCACCAUCAGUUGGAAGUCAGGAUAAUGCAUGCGGAUAUAUUGGAUCUUCCCUGCAAUCCAACUAUUACAAUGGUUACGAUGUCUUCUCAUCGAGUUCAGGUGGAAGCCAGCAGCUAUCUAGUAGCGGAAGUUUGUUUGAAAAUAGUGACUGUCCUUUGCAUCAUAAUUGCGAGGACUCACCGCCGCCAACGAUAACUGGAUUUAAUCACUAUUUGGAUGGAAUUCCCAAUACUGGAAUCAUUCGAUACGAUGAUGCUUCAUUCCUUAAGACCUUGAUGCCGGGACAGAAUUUAAACAAUGAAGUUUCUAUUCAUAAUGUGAAUGAUUCAAAUUUCGCUAGAAACGCAACAUCACCGGUAGCCCAUCGCGUCGAGAUAACUCCAGUCUAUGGUGGCAAUCGUUCGUCGUCGAAUCUCUUCAAUAGCAGCUGUUCAAAUGCCAGCCAAUACUCACCAACCAAAGGUUUUGCACCACCAACUCAUCUCGGAAAUGCCGAGUUUACUGAAAACUUGUUCACGCCAAAUGCGUUGCUUAAUCUAAACGACUUGGAUUCAGGUGAUCGUGAUGUGGAGUCUUUCAAGCGUUUCAGCUAUGAUUUCGAGCCACCAAAAGAGAAGCAGAAAGUAAACAUCAAUAUCAACGAUCUAUUCAUGAAGGCCAGUCGCAGUGGCAAUAGCUCACGUUCGUCGCCAUACUUGGAUGAUCCUACAUUGGCAUUGGAUGGUUUUGUGCAGAAUUUGGCAGCUCUAAAGCUAACCGACGAUCAGUGUCCAUCUGUUAAUGGCAACUUGAAUGCUGGAACCAGCCCCAAUGGUUGGUGGUAAUAUGGCUUGUUUUAUUGUUUUUUUUUUUUCUUCUCUCUGCUACUUGACAAAAACCCUCUACUUUCCUCCUCAUCCCUUCGUGGAUAAACUAUAUUAUUGGAUACGAGACGAGACUUAAUGGCGCUCGAAUUACUACUAUUAUUGAUUCACAGUACAUAUUAUAUAAAUAUUAUUUGUAAAAAUUCUACAUCGAUCUUUAUCAACAACACAAAAAAUUGAGAAGACAACAAUUUAAGAAUUGUAUGAGAGGACCGCUUGAACGGGGGAACGACGAUAUUUUUCUCGGACUUUGAUUUUGAAGCAGUUUACUUCGUUAAAAGUAUUUAUAAAAUAAAAAAGAAAGAUUAAUUUCUUUUCUUUUCUAUAAAAUUAAAAAAAAACAAACAUUAACAAAAAUAAUACAAACAAACAAAAAAAAAAGCGAAAAAACAAAAAUGUUUCUUUUUGCAAAUAUUAAUAAAUGUGAUGUAAAGUUUUAAGAGCAAAUUUAAGUUUUUUUCUUUUUUUAUUUAAGUUCUAUUAGGGUUCGAAGUUGUUGGAGGAAUUGACGAAUGUUGAUCAAUUUAACCCAUGGCAUAAAAUGAAUGCAAUGGGUUAACACAUAAUCAUUUUUAUCAAAAAAACAAAACCGACUUCCAUGAUUCAAAACGGGGUUUUAUUUGUUUUCUAAUAGUUCCUAUGGCUUAAACUGAACGAAAUUGAAAUGGGACCACAUUGCAGCCACUAGCUUUCCAAUACAAUUAUCAAAAUUGAUUCACUCUGUCCAAAGUUAUGCGGUAACAAACAUAAAAAAAAAAAAAAAAAUACAGACAAAUUGAAUACCUCCGAA